AUGGCCCGUUUUCUGACGCCGUCAAAGGUUGCGCUGCUGGCGCUGAUAUCCAUAUACACAGAAGGGGUUGUGCCCAAUGCGGCCAUUGUGCCCAUUCUCUCUUUUGUCGUCUCGCAUCUGCUGCCGCUGGAGGCGUCGAAGGCCGUGGGACACGGGCAUGCAAGGCCAGCGGACAACAAAGAGCCGGGCGCAGCAGCAGCAGACAAAACGGUCCAGCUGCAGGGCACGCCGUCGGUUGAGGGCAUCGAGGAGGUGACAGACGGUCUGGCCUCGUCCAUUCCCGGGCGCACGAUAUGGGAUCUGUUUCUCAAACGGCUCUGGCAGUUUGACUGCGCGGAUACAUUGGACGAAUUCAUCUCCAGCCUGUCAGACAUCCUGGUCAAGACGCGGGAAGAGAGGCUGCAGGAAGGAGAGAAAGAGGAAGAGACAGACGAGAAGCACGGCAGGGUGCUGCUGGCCCGCCACUCGCCUCUGGGUGCGUUUGUACGCAGAAUCCGGCUUGAGUAUACGAAGCUGCAGUUUCACGAUGCCAUGGGCCUCUGGAAGGCCUUUAUCCGGUAUAGGAUGCCUACAUAUGCCGCUUGGGCAAAGAGGAACCCGUCGGACGCCCAGCUCACGGUGGAUGCGAACCUGUUUGAACUUGGCCUGGACCUGGACAGCCCGCUUGCCAGUGUAAUGUACGGUGACCUCGCUGACGAGGCUGACGAGGGUUCCGGCAUGAGCGUCAGAGACGUCGAACGCCUGCUCGAAUUCCAAAUCUCCAAGAUGCAGAGUAAGGGGACCAGAGUCGCCCCGGAGAUGAAGGCUCAGCUGGAGAGGAUCAUCAUGGCCGGUGCGACGGUGCCCUGCCUCUUUCACUACCUCAGAUUCCUUGAUUCGUGGAAGGCAGGGGACCAUCCGUCGUCCCUCGACCAUCUCCAUCGGUACUUUGAUUACACGGUGCAGACGAGAGACCGCACUUUCUACCAGUAUGCACUCCUCAACCUCGCCCUGCUGCAGGCAGACUUUGGCUGUCACGGAGAGGCCAUCUCGGCCAUCCAGGAGACGAUAGCAAUCGGGCGAGAGAACCAUGAUAUGAACUGCCUCAACUACUCCAUGACGUGGCUCUACCAUUUCGGGAAGAUGUCUCCCGGAGACCUCAAGGAUAUACAGGAUACCGGCAUGCUCGGAGGCGAUAAGGAGGCCCUGGCCUUCCUCCAGUCAAAGGCAAAGGAGACGGAGAUGUGGGGGAUGCUGAGCAUUGCUCUCCUGAACGAGGGCAGGCUGGAGCUGGCCAACCAGGGAGGGAGCAUUGCCUCGACCUUUGAAAAUAUCAUCAAAACCUCCCAUGUCAACAUCACACGGGGCUUGACUCAUCUUACCUGGUCGACAUACGAGACCUUCCUGGAAUGCUACUCCAGCCUUUCUCCCAUGGAGGAUAGCCUGUGGGCCACGUUCCGCAGCGCACAAGUGCUAUCAUGGAGCGGCCGACACGAUGACGCGGUGAAGCAGAUGAACAGCCUCCCUGCCGACUGUCUGCAGCUCCUCAAACACCAACAAAUCUGGACCUUCUUUAUGGGUCUCCUGAAGCUGAGACGCCAGCUACACCGUGACGACCAACGUGCUGCCCAACACCUACUGGCACAGCUGGAGGGAGCCGCCCCUUUAGACCCCGAGGCUUCGACCACGCUGAACCUCAUGAAGAUCGACCUCCUCAUGCGCGAGGGUGACUACGAAACCGCCCUCGCGAGCGUCGACCAGUUGGCGCAGUCCAUCCACCAGGAAAACUUCGACAUAGCCACCCAGGUCGACCUCCUCGUCGCCAAGGCCCGCAUCUUCGACAAAACGGGCCAACCCGAGCGAGGCUUCUCUCUCGCCAUGCGUGCCGCCAAAAUCGCCCACCAGUCUAGAGUCCUGCACAGCCUAUGGGAUGCGGUCGGCACGCUGUGCGUCAUCCUCAUGAGCUUCCGCGAAUUCUCAGCCGCAAUGGAACUGUUGGAGAGCGUCAUGCCGCAGGUCUUGGAGUGCGAAGACCGUGCGCUUGCAGGACGGAUGUACUCCUACCUGGCCGACGCGAGCAUGGGCCUGGCUGGAGAGAGUCGCAAGGAUGCGGCGCGGAAAAAGGAGUUCCUCGCCAGAGCGGUCGAGUUUCUCGACUGCUCCUUCGCCGAGUACUCGUCCAUCGAGGAGGUCAGGGGCCAGUGUGAGAUGAUGGGCAAGAAGGCGACUGUCAUGUACCAGCAGGGGGACCUCGUCCUUGCCAACGACUUUGCUGCCAAGUACCUUGACCUCAAGCGCCAGGCUGCCUCCGAGAGGCUGUAA